AUGGGAUCGCGGUCCAGAAAAUUAGUACAAUUAGCAACUAUGCAAAACGUAGUUGAUAGUAACGUAAAUGAUAGUUCCAGUAUCCAAGCCGAGGAAGUUGAUGACUCUAAUAUAAACGCAAUGAUUCCAGAAGACAAAAGUAACGAUGACUCAAAACAUCGUCGACGUGAGUCAACUAGUAGUACCGGUAGCUCUUCAAGUAGCUCUUCGAGUUCUUCUUCGAGUUCCUCCUCAAGCAGUGGACCAUCUUUUUAUGAAGAUAGUGAUGAUUCCGUAAAGGAUCCCAAUUAUCAAGAGGAGAAGUCAAAAAUUAAUAAUAUACAUAGUUCAGACUCUGAAGAAGAAGGUGCCAGCACUAACUACAACUUCUCAAAAGACCAAGACUUGUUUAAUUUAAAUAAUAAGAAAUUAAUUCCCGGAGUUCAUAGGAGCUUUUACGAAUCGCUCUAAGAAUGUUUUUAUUUUAUUUUUAUACUAUUUUUGUAA